AUGUCCACAAGAGUUCCCUUCAAACAAGUUGACGUCUUCACCUCCUGUCCUUACAAAGGAAACCCGGUAGCAGUGGUGAACUGCUGGGAUGUGGAAGAAAAAACAAUCCAGCAAGCUACGCUCCAGAACAUCGCCAAUUGGACCAAUCUAUCCGAAACGACCUUCUUGUUCAAGCCCACAGACGACCAAUGCGACUACAAGGUCAGAAUCUUCACACCAAUGAUGGAACUCCCAUUUGCAGGCCAUCCAACGCUGGGAACUUGCCACGCAUACUUGGAAUUUACAGGAAGACAAAAUGUGGACAAAAUAUAUCAGCAGUGUGGUCUUGGAGUGAUCGAACUUAGUGUUUUGGGCAAAACUAUCUCUUUCAAGGGCGCAAAGGCAGAAGUCCGGCAAGUUCAAUCGGAUUUGGCCCGACAAUACGACACUUCCCUCUCUACAACGUUCAUAACCCAGCCACUUCUAUUGGAAGUGGGCCCACAAUGGGUCGUGGCCCUGGUGGAAAACGCACAAACCUGCUUCGACAUGAAUGUGGAUAUGGCGUUGCUGAAGGAAACUAUCACGAAACACAAGGACGCCACGGGUCUUAUUGUAGCUGGGAAGUACCCCGGUGCCGAGAAAUACGAAAUGCGUGCUUUUGCGCCCACUCACGGAGUCCCAGAAGACCCAGUGUGUGGUAGCGGUUCUUUGGCCUUAGCCAGAUACUUGCAAGAGCUUUACGGGUUUACGUCGAAUUAUGCGUUUGAAAUUAGUCAGGGCGGACGUUUGGGUCGCCAGGGCAAAAUCUCAGCUCAGGUCUUGCAUGCUGGUCGCGACAUUACGUACCAUGUUGGUGGGGAAUGCAUCUCUGUGAUCAACGGAGAGUUUCUAUUGUAG